AUGGCUUCUGAAAGACGUUUGUGGAAAAUAGUACUUGAUCGUUUUAUCAAAUCUAUUAAACCCAAAAUGAAAGAAAAACCAAUUGGUUCCGAUGCACAGGGUAAUAGAUAUUUUGAACUUCCAGCUGACCCUCAAGGUGGUCGUCGUAUGCCAAGGAGAUGGUUUGUUCCAGUUGAUGAAGACACUGGUGUACCAACACCAGAAUGGUCACAGUGGUUAAGAGGAAGGCGUGCUGAACCACCAACUAAUGAGGAAAUUGCUUUUAACGAAAAUAUUUCAAAUAUGAAAAAAGUUAAUGCUGAGAAUAUCGCCGAAAAGUUUAAAAUCUCAAGUUCUAAUGCUAAUGAAAUUGAAUGUCAACCAAAUGCCAAAGGAUUCCCAGACUUAUCAAAACAAUUUGAAAGGCAGCCAGGACAAUUUAAAAAUAAACUUAGUAGUUAA